AUGUUAGGCCGUGCAUUUCGAAUCCAAAAUCGUACAGCUAUUUAUAAUCGAGCACAUCGAAUAACAGCAUCAUUAUUAAUUGGUCUGACUGGUGUUGCUUUUCUUGCUGUGUGUCAUCAAUUAUAUAAAGCUAAAACUGAAUAUUUACCUGAAAUUCGUCGACGAGGUAAAGAACGUCUCGAAUCAGCACUUGCCUUACGACAAAGUGAAGCUGAACUUGUUGAACAACAACAAAGUGAACAUAAAAAUCAAGAUUCCAAUACAAAAAAUAAUCAACAUGAAGAAGAGAAUGGUCCAUCAGCAUCUAAUGAAGAUGUUACUUUUGAUUAUCCAGAUGUAAAAUAUGAAUAUCUUGAUAAUACAGCUGAUAUGCAAAUUCAUGCAUGGGGGAAUUCUAUUGAAGAAUCUUUUGAACAAGUUAGUUGA